AUGUAUACUUCCACUCUCAUCCUCUCCCUCCUCGCCGCGGCCGGUGCCGAGGCUCAGUGCACCAUUCAGUUCGACGGCCGCAUCGCGAAGGCCUCCACCGUCGCCGACUUCGACGCCAAGACGAGCCCCUUCAACCCCGCCAACGUCUUCGGCAAGGGUCUGAAGUUCAGCCAGCUCAUCCAGCUCCCUGGGGGCCAGUCCAUGUUCGACGGGAACGUUUCUCAACCCUUCGAGGUCACCAUCAGCGACAAGUCCAUCUUCGCCCCCUCGGCGGAGAAUGUCCAGGUUGGCUUUCGCCGCGCCGAGAUGCUGCCCGCCAGCAACGACGGCGCGGACCCCUCGACCGACGGCGUCAAGACGCUGCACUUCAGCCUCAUGAAGGACGCCCAGCGCCCCCUGAACCUGUCCCACGAGUACCAGCUCGUCUUCCUCGAGAGCGCCGACUUCAGCACCAACCAGGUCGUCCUCAAGACCGGCUCCAUCCUCGGCCAGAACACCGCCGACCCCGACACCCUCCAGCUCUUCGGCAACGUCAACUCCGACCCCGUCCCCGAGCUUUUCAAGACCAAGUUCACCCCGGACGUCUUCCAUAACUUCGCCGUCAAGCUUGACUUCACCGCCAACACCACCCAAGUCUUCUACUCUCAGGGCAAUACUCCGCUCAAGUCCCAGGGCGCGCCCUUCGUCAACAACAUCGCCGGCAAGGGCCAGUUCCACUUCGGCAUGCUCAAGAAGCCCGUCAACGGCGGUGACAAUAUCGCCAAGAGCGGCGACCAGCCUGCCAACAUCAACGAGGGUGUGAUCUACGGCGGCAUCUUCGAGGAGGACAGCUCCACUGGCUGCAUCUCCACGUCCCCUUAA